GUCCAAGACCAGGGCCAGGUCCCUAGAGGCCCAGCUGGUUCUUGACUGCUUUAAGCUUUCUAUUUGGAAUAAAGAUGAAAUACAUUUCUCGGAAGAGGAAAUCACGUGAAUACUCACAGUCCCGUCCUGAGCGAUUUUGGAAUCGUUAUUACUGUUGCCGGUGUGCAUAUCCACGUAAAAUCCUGUCUCUUAGCUAGCACACUUGUUUUGAUCCUUAAAGGCUUCGUUAUGUAUUGUUUGCACCUAGCAAGGCUGCACUGAGUUAAAUACAGGGAGUAUGAAACGGAUGAAACCAGAGGGCUCACUGGCUAACAAAGCAUCACUCAGUGCAGGGUGAUCUUAGAGUCUGGAAUGCAAGCCAGUAUUUUUGGAGUUCCCUGGCUAUGCCAGCUAGGAUCGAGAUAAUCACAGUUAACUGCUGGGAAAAGAGCAGAGAUACCCAGAGGUUUCUUAGUUGAACAUAGGAGUUGCACUGCGACCUAGACGUGGGCUUUCCAAAUGCACAGGUGGUCUGGAAACUGUGCUGCCCAAGGAAGGAUGGAGGAAACUAGGUGAACACAUUUCAUAGAGAAGACUGAUGCAUAUUCAAGUCAGAGACUGCCGACUAAGCAUUUUAUAUAUCUGUUUACCUAUCUCUAUCUAUCUGUGCAUGCCCUGGCAUUGGAAUAUAUUUUUCUACUUUCCUGUGAAUUUUAUUCCAAAGCUACCAAGCAAGAUUUUGUAUUUUUUCCCUUACUCCUCCAAGCAACAAGAGAGCAUUUUGCAAGUCCAAGUGCUAAUUUAUUAGUUUUAUGUUUCAGUAAUUCAUUUUAGCUGAAUUACCAUUUUUGAAGCAGUGUUUAUGUCAACAGUAUUUGUGCCUCUUUAGAUACAGAGUGUGUGAAAUACAGAAUUAGGAAUUAAUGCUUUUAAGAUGUUCUCAAAUUUUAAUCAUCAACAAUCUUUUUAUUUGUUCCUAAUAAAAGGCAGAGUUUACGCUGGACAUAGAAUAUAAGCCUAUAGUGUCUUUGGGGCCCCGCUGGCGUAGUGAUUAAGAACUGUAUCUGCUAACUAAAAGAUCUUCUUGGCUUUGAGGAAGAGCUGCAGUACAGCCACACUGCAUAAGGGAUGGGAUCAGAGAACAGUGCUUUAAAAAGCUAUACACUGAAAGAGCCACGAUUCACCUUACCUUCUGGACUUGCUAUUUAUCCAGCUGUACUGCAAGAUGGCAAAUUUGCUUCAGUGUUUGUGUAUAAGAGAGAAAACGAAGACAAGGUUAAUAAAGCUGCCAAGCACUUGAAGACACUGCGUCACCCUUGCUUGCUGAGAUUUUUGUCUUGUACCGUGGAAGCAGAUGGCAUUCAUCUUGUCACUGAGCGAGUGCAGCCUCUGGAAGUGGCUUUGGAAGCACUGUCUUCUGCAGAGGUCUGUGCUGGGAUAUAUGACAUAUUGCUGGCUCUCAUCUUCCUUCAUGACAGAGGAAACCUAACACACAACAACGUCUGCCUGUCAUCUGUGUUUGUGAGUGAAGACGGGCAUUGGAAGUUAGGCGGCAUGGAGACCGUCUGCAGAGUUCCUGAGGCCACACCAGAGUUUCUGAGGAGUAUUCACUCAGUAAGAGACCCAGCAUCUAUUCCUCCUGAAGAGACGUCUCCAGAAUUUGCAGUUCUGCCAGAGUCCCAUGGACAUGCCCGGGACGCCUAUUCCUUUGGAACGUUGGUGGGAAGUUUGCUCACAGCCGUAAGUGAACAGGUUUCAGCGGACGUUCUCUCCAGCUUUCAACAGACCUUGCACUCAACUUUGCUGAAUCCCAUUCCAGACCGCCGGCCAGCGCUCUGCACUUUACUGUCCCAUGACUUCUUCAGAAAUGAUUUUCUAGAAAUUGUGAAUUUCUUGAAAAGUUUAACAUUGAAGAGUGAAGAGGAAAAAACUGAAUUUUUCAAGUUUCUGCUGGACAGAGUUAGCUGCCUGUCAGAGGAAUUAAUAGCCUCCAGGUUGGUGCCUCUUCUGCUCAAUCAGCUGGUGUUUGCAGAACCGGUAGCUGUUAAGAGUUUUCUUCCUCAUCUGCUUGGCCCCAAAAAAGUAGACCGCGUGCAGGGGGAAACCCCUUGCUUGCUCUCACCAGCCCUAUUCCAGUCCCGGGUGAUCCCCACGCUCCUGCGGCUGUUUGAGGUUCACGAGGAGCAUGUGCGGAUGGUGCUGCUGGCUCACAUCGAGGCUUACGUGGAGCACUUUACUCAGGAGCAGCUGAAGAAGGUCAUCUUGCCGCAGGUGUUACUGGGCCUGCGCGACACCAGCGAUUCCAUUGUGGCGAUUACUCUCCAUAGCCUGGCAGUGCUGGUCUCUCUUCUGGGACCAGAGGUGGUUGUGGGAGGAGAAAGAACAAAGAUCUUCAAACGUACUGCCCCAAGUUUUACUAAAACCACUGACCUUUCCCCAGAAGAUUCUCCCACGCACGUGGCCUGCAGCCAGGACCGUCAGAGCUUCGCAGGCUUGGAGCACCCCUCUUCUAGUGUAUUCCCUCAGCAUCUCUUUGCUGGCAGCAUGCCCAUCAGCAGCAAGCAGCACAUACGGGGCGGUGACUCCAUGACUCUUGUACAGAAAGGUGACCAGUUUUCUCAGCAUGUUAAAUUUGCCAUGAAUGGAAUCUCAGAUGUGAAAAAUACUUCAGAGGAAAGUGAAAACUUCCCAUCAGAUUCCAAAAAGUCUGAAGAGUGGCCUGAUUGGGGUGAGCCUGAGGAGCCUGACGACAAAACGGUCAACAUACACGUUUGGCCUAGAGAGCCACGUGAUGCUUCCAAGUCCCUGUCCACUGUGAAGGAGGAGUCUUGGGAUGACUGUGAGCCCAGCAAUCUAGAUCCUGAUGGAAACCUCGGAGGCAGAAUCCGUGCUUUCAGACCUGUCACCUCAGGGGAGCAGAAGCCCAUCCCUGCUCUGCUGCCGCUCACUGAAGAGUCUGGGCCUUUGAAAUCAAGCUCCUCUCCAGAGACCAGGCUUGUACAGAGCGGGGAUGACCCAGACCACAUCAAGCCGCCAAAAGUGUCGUCACAAGCAAGGUCACUCAAGGUUCCGUCGGAACUUGGUCUAGGAGAGGAGUUUACCAUUCAAGUAAAAAAGAAGCCAGUUCAAGAUCCUGAGUUGGACUGGUUUGCUGAUAUGAUCCCAGAAAUUAAACCUUCAGCUGGUUUUCUUAUUUUACCUGAACUGAGGACAGAAAUGAUGGCUCCCAGCAAGGACGAUAUCUCACCAGUGAUGCAGUUUUCCUCAAAAUUUGCUGCAGCAGAAGUUACUGAGAAAACUGUACUGAUGGCCUCAGCUAAGUGUUUAAUGGUCCACUUGUUAGCACGAAUAACCUUAUUUGGAUGAAAAGAGAUGAAGCCAAGAAUAUGGUGUUAUCAAACUGAUUUUAUUGGGUUAUAUGAUCCUUGAGAAUUCACUGUCCUACCAUCUGGCUUUGUAAUAUUGGAACCAAGGUAAUCUUUCCUUUUGUAUUUUACUUAAUAUGAGAAAUGAAUUCUGGCAUCAAAAGACAAGUGAUGGCUCCUUUUAUACUCUUUACUUUCCUGCAAGUGAUAGGCCUCUUUUACUUUUUUUAAUUGUGCUUUAGCUAAGAGUUUACAGCCCUAGUUUCUUGUUCAAAAAGUUACACACAUAGUUUUGUGACACCAGUUGGAGUCCCCACGAUGUGACAGCACACUCCUCCUUUCCACCCCAGACUCCCUGUGUCCACUUGUCCAGUUCCUGUCCCUUCCGGUUCUUGGACAGGAGCUGCCCAUUUGGUCUUGUAUCUGACGGAACUAAGCACGUUCCUCACGUGUGCUAUUUCUUGCCCUUUUACUCCAUAGUGCCCGAUACAUGCAUGGUUUUUAGCGGGUUGCUCCUGGUGUGUUUUCUUUUGCAGGAAGAGGCUGGCGGCUGGGGAGAAGAAGGGGAGCUGAACUGGGAAGAUAACAACUGGUGACCACGGGUAUGAAUUAAACUUUAGGAAAAAGGAUUCCUUUUGUUGUCUUUAAUCAAAUUAAUACCUCAAAAGUAGGCUCUGAGGACAAGAAGACCCAAGGCAGCCUGUUUUUCCCAUACCAGGAGCUCUUUUCUUGUCUGUGCCAACUGCAGUGUGAGACCCCAAGAGGUGGCUGGAAGCCCAAGGAGGGGGAGGGCCCAAGUGCACCCGACUGAGGCCGGUCUCUGUGAGAGUAAGCUGUAUUAUGGACUAUGAUGUACUGGAGAAAAUUAGCUGUAAAAAGUAUAUAAAUGAUUUUAAAUGACUAAGGCUUCCUUAGGCAGCUUAUUUAUUUGUUUACAGUCAUACUAUCUGAGUGAAUGAAUGGUCCUGUGUGGACUGACCCUUCCACUUGUAUCACAUUGUACCAAAGUUCUCAAUGAGAAAUAUCCCCAACUAUACUGUUCUCUAAAUGUCCAAUAAAGACUAUUUUCACUAGAUUCAACUUUACAGAAGCUGUUUUAUGUGUUAGAAAAGGUAAACACGCUCAUUACAUCAGUUUGCUUUACACAGUACACUGUAGGCUGACAAAGCAGCAUGUACCCAGUUACGUCUAGUGAUAAUCAGGGCCGGUCCUCUGAGUCUCUACCCUAGAGCAAACAGCGUCGUAGCUUCUCAAUCCUCCCCUGGAGCGCCUCCAUUUUCAUCAGCAGCCAGUCUGGAGCGGGAGACUUCUGGAGCAAUGACUCAACUGCCUCCAAGGCCCCAGCUGCUGUCUCUACUGCCGACCUGUACUCCUCUUCCAAGGGGGGCUCCUGACGGGCUCUUUUUGCACACGGCUGCGAAAUGAGGGAAGUGGGGCAGGUAAUACCGUAAUAGCCACUCUGAAAAUGAUAAAGAACUUUGCUUCUGGACUGUGGUGAAGCUUACUAGAGCAACUUCUGAAACUGUACAAAAGUUAAUUCCAAUCCAUUGCUUCUCCACGAGGGCAAGCCCCCCACCCCCGCCCCAGGUCAUCUGGAAAACUAAGUGAAGGCGUUUUUGGUUUGUCGGUGACUGGGGUGCUACUACCGUUCAUUGCCCAGGGCCAAGGAAACUAUCUACCAUACAACAAAGGCAUCUGGCCCUCCCGUGAUGUAUUUAACCUCAAAGAUUUCAGGUAUAAACGCUACAUGUCUCAGACAACUUAUUGAUAUACAUUUAAAGUUGUGUUCUUUUUGUAAGAAUUGUGACUAAAACUUCCCAAAACAUUGCUCUUUUAUGGAUUACUAUUUCAAAUAUACUGUUAGUGUUCAGAACAGUGUUUUGAUUAUCCUUAGUGUCAGAUUUCUGCCUUUUCACAGGCAGACAAUGCACGAGGCAAGGCAUCCAAUUAAACAAUUUAGAAGGUAAGUCAGUGGGUUUUCUUCUGUGAUUCGGAUACUAGUCAUUGGUACAAUGUAGCUUCCCCAAAGGCUACUACAGAUGAAAGUUGUCUUCUGGUUAUAGUUGGUAUGAUGUUCAAAACUUUUUUUUUAAAUAGUUCCACCUCUAUGGAUUUGAUAACCUUUAAGUAAGAAGAAAUGUGAUUUUAAAAGAGCAACUACCAUGAUAGAAUUUUACAUGUCUAGUUGUAUUUGGUUUCUUAGAAGUUCAGUAUGAGUUCAAAACCAAAUUUUAAUUAAUCACUAAGUAAGAAGGGCAGAAUUACCCCCUUGCUAAAGCUUGACCCAUCCUGAAAAGAAUCUCCUACCUGUAAAGACAACCACCUUGCUUCUUCCCUAGUCACCUUAACAAAGGGCUCCCAGAAGACCUCUCUCUCCUGUUUCACACGUUCCACUCUGGCGGCUUCAGUUUCAUCGAAAAGCCCAGUCUGCCACAGAUCACGAAAAACCAAGAAAAUGGUGUGUGAUGUUCAGAAAAUGGAAAAACCAAGUAAUUCGCUGUGUGUGUGCGCUUAUAAGUUCUGAGUGUUAAGCCAUUCUCUUAGCUUGUGAAGCAAGCAGUCGCUGGAGGUUAGCUGGACUCCCUGGUGACUUUGGAGGUUCAUUACUGUUAACUGGUGUAACUUGGAUAAAACCACUCUGCAGUGCUCUCCUCCCCUAGGGAACCACUGUAGAGGCCUCUUACCAGCGAAAAAUGAUAGUCUGCUCAUCUCUAAGGUACGGCUAAGAAACCGGCCACACACACACUUAAAUCUAGUUUGUAUUUGUACAUAUACACUUACAUAACAUACAGUAUGUAUUUACUGUAGUAUGUAUUGAGUUCAAUUUGAUCAGUUCAUUGUUAAUACAGCCCUGUUUAAUGAUGGGGAUAUAGUGUUAAAGAAAUGAAGUAUUUUUAACCAUCGUGCAUUUUCUCCUGGGGAUCCAACUUUGUGGUAUAAUGGUUCUGCCGGUAAUUUUAAGUUAACCUUUAACUUACCUAACACUAUAACCCAGAAAUCUCAAAAUAUGUACAAAUGUGGGAGCUAAGUUAUUCAAUAGUUUGUUUCAAAUUGUAAAAAUGGCUUUAAAAAAAAAUGUCAUGAUCUUGGGAAAAAAAGAUUUUGGUCUCCAUCAGUGUAGAAAAGCCAUGCCUAAAUGAUAUCUGCAACAGUGGAAAUAGGUGUUCCUCUUGCUUCCUGUUCUACGUGUGGUGACGACAUCCUCAGGUACAGCGAGUGCUCUUCCAGAUGAGCCACCUUGGGGCCUGCGUUAUCAGCGCUACCAGACCUCGGGCUGAGCGUUUCCUGUCUGCAACUUACAACAUGGUCUCAACUGCUUAAUAAUGUUCCGUGUCACCACUGAAAAGUUUAGGAUAUCUAAGUAAGUUGGUUUACAUUAUGCAAUUUUGAAAAAAAAUACAAAGAACAAAACGGGACAUUACUAUCUUGAUUCUGAAUAAACGAGAUACCUUUUCCAGAAAGGAUACAACUUUGUUCUUAGUUUCUUCAGAACUGAGGCACCAUGGAACUACCUCCUCAUGAUUUGUUCCCUGUUAAAAGAUCAGUAAGACCAAUUUUGAUACAUUUCAACAAUUUGCCAAGACAAAUACAUGAGUUUAAAAACUACCUUAAAAACGCACUUUAAAAGAGCGAGCCAGAGGAGUGAGAGAGGACAAGCUCAUGGCUUUCCAGGGUACCUUGGGAGAGCACAGCAUUGACUUGUGUACACAGGUACCGUGUGAGCUGUAAUUACUCCAGGUCAGUCACACUGAUUCCUCUAUACCCCUCACGACCAACCACAUGACUGCACACCCAUGAAAGAGUGAAGGAGCACCCGUGCUGAAUUAACAGGCUCAGGUUCAUCGACCUAAAUGGUAGGUUCAAGAUGCAACGUAUUGUCACUCAACCUCGAAAUGCCGUCUGGAUGACAAAGCUGAGUUAGUAGACCUGGUCUGAAUGUCUUGCUAACCAGAGGACCUUAAGAAAGUCAUCCCAUUUACUUCCUGUAAAACAGAUGAUUAGUAGCGUUCCUUCCAGGGAGCCCAGGUGGCACACAAACGGUUAAGCUCUUGGUGGCUAACAUAAAGGUUGGUUCGAACCCACCCCGCACCCGCAUUUUAUGAGCGUGAUCUGCUUUCAUAAAGAUUACAGUCUAGAAAACCCUAUCGGGCAGUUCUACUGUCACAUGGGGUCACCAUGAAUCAAAAAUUGAUGUCACCCAACAACAACAACAGCUAAAAAAUUCUACAGAUAAAUAGAAAAGCAGCUCAGUAAAUGUUUUUGGAAUCCUGAAGGACUGGUGCUAACACUUACCUCGGCAAACCGGGUAAAGGCCUCCAAGGUGUGCUGUUCUAGCAGCCAGUUCCUGUCAGCUAGCAGUAAGGCAAAAAUACAGGAGAGGUUGGGCAGGACCUCGUCCUAAAAAGAGAACCAAUGCUAAGUAAAUACAGAAAAAGAAAUCUCACUAAUAUACAUUGAAUAUGCCGAAUGUUGUAGAGUUCUGUGAUUCUGUCCCAGUGAACACAUGGCAAAGAAAUUUGCUGAGAUAGGCCAUGUGCCUUUGUAUUUCUUCCAAGAAUUGUGGCCCAAUCUCUUCUAAGGGGCUACCAGCUCUUAAGUGUACCCGGAGUAAAGGGAUAUGAAUGAAAAACGAGAGGAAAAAAGCAGAACCAUUAAAUUCUCGUCAUGCACGACACUCCCCUUCUCUGUCCCCUGAUUCACACUUUCCAGUUCUUACUCUGUUCUCUCUAGCCACAGCAGGCUUCUUUUGUUCAAAAUUAUUUUGUUGUGCUUGUUUAAGAUAAUAGAUCAAUUUUACAUUCAAAAGACACUCAGCCUUUUAUGCCUACUGUUGGUAUUUUUCACCCAAACUCCACCACUCAGUUUGUUGUUGUUAGAUGGCAUCGAGUUGAUUCUGACUCAUAGCGACCCUGUGUACAACAGAAGGAAACACUGCCUGGUCCUGUGCCAUCCUCACAGUUGUUGCUGUGUUUGAGCCCACUGUUGGAGCCAUUGAGUCAAUCCAUCUUGUUGACGGGCUUCCUCUUUUUUUGCUGACCUUCUCCUUUAUCAAGCAUGGUGUCCUUCUCCAGGUAAUGAUCCCUCCUGAUAACAUGUUCAAAGUACAUGAGACGAAGUCUUGCCAUCCUUGCUUCUAAGGAGCAUUCUGACCUGUAUGUCUUGCAAAACAGAUAUGUUCAUUUUUCUGGUAGUCCACAAUAUAUUCAGUAUUCUUUGCCAACACUGUAAUUCAAAGGCAUCAAUUCUUCUUUGGUAUUCCUUAUUCAUUGUCCGGCUUUUGCAUGCAUAUAAGGUGAUUGAAAACAGCAUGGUUUGGGUCAGGUGCACCUCAGUCCUUAAAGUGACAUAUAUGCUUUUUAACACUUGAAAAGAGGUCUUUCGCAGCAUAUUUGUCUGAUGGCAUGCAUCGUUUGAUUUCCUGACUGCUGCUUCCACGGGCGUUGGUUGUGGAUCAAGUAAAAGGAAAUCCUUGACAAUGUCAGUGUAUCACCAUUUAUCAUGAUGUUGCUUAAUGGUCCAGUUGUGAGGAUUUUUGUUUUAUGUUAAGGUGCAAUCCAUACUGAAGGCUGUGGUCUUUGAUCUUCAUCAGCAAGUGCUUCAAGUCCUCUUCACUUUCAGCAAGCAAGGUCGUGUCAUCUGCGUAUCAGAGGUUAAUGAGUCUUCCUCCAAUCCUGAUGCCACGUUCUUCUUCAUACAGUCCAGCUUCUUGGAUUAUUUGCUCAGCAUACAGAUUGAAUAAGUAUGGUGAAAGGAUACAAACCUGAUGCACACCUUUCCUGACUUUAAACCAUGCAGUGUCUCCCUGUUCUGUCUGAACGACUGCCUCUUGGUCUAGUGUUCUGGAAUACCCAUUCUUCAUAAUGUUAUCCAUAAUUUGUUAUGAUCCACACGGUUGAAUGCCUUUGCAUAGCAUAGUCAAUAAAACGGAGAUAAACAUCAUUCUCGUUAUUCUCUGCUUUCAGCCAAGGUCCAUCUGACAUCAGCUAUGAUAUCCCUGGUUCCACAUCCUCUUCUGAAUUCACAUUGAAUUUCUGGCAGUUCCCUGUCGAUGUACUGCUGCAUCUGCUUUAGAACGAUCUUCAGCAAAAUUUUACUUGAGUGUGAUGUUAAUGAUAUUGUUCGAUAAUUUCCUCAUUCUGUUGGAUCACUUUUCUUUGGAAUGGGCACAAAUACGAAUCUCUUCCAGUUGGUUGGCCAAGUAGCUGUCCUCCAAUUUCUUAGCAGAGACCACCUCUGCUGGCUUAUCCUUUUCCAUCCAUCCUCUUAAUGUUGAGCCAUCUCAGGGAAGGAUCUGGGUUCUCCUCUCCCAUCCUCCCUAUUCUCUGGGUCCUCUCACGCAGUGAUCAUCACCACAUUACUAGUUCCAGGGGUAGAGUCUCAAUCUACUUCUGGACUCCUCAAGUAUAUCUGAGAAGGUCCAUUACUCCCCUUCCUUGAAAAACUUUCAGUUGUCACCAGAAAAUGACUUUUCUUGUUUUCCUCGAUUGGCCACGACUUCACAGGCUCUGCCCAUUGUUAACUGUUCAGCCUCUCAGUGCUGGUGUGCCCUGGGGUUCAGGCCUUGGACCUCUUGUCUAAAAAUAGUGCCCUGGCCAUCUCAUCUAGUCUCAUGGCUUUAAAAAACAUCUCUACACUGAUGACUCCCCUAAUUUAUAUCCAGCCUGGGCCUCUUCUCCUGAAUUCCAGAUUUGUAUAACCAAAUGCCUACUUGACAUCACCACUUGAAUCACAAAAAGGUAUCUCAAAUUGUGUGUCUAAAACUGGACUGCUGACCCCUCAUCCCAAUCAGUAAUAAUUCCCUCAGUCUUCUCCAUCCUUCCAGUUGAGACUCCUUAUCCAAUCCAUCAGCAAGUCCUGCUGGUUCUACCUAGACACGCUGACCCUUCUCAUCACCUUCACUGCCGCACCCUGGCCCAAACCUCCGCCAUCUCUAGCCUGGAUUAUUACAGUGGCUUUCAAAUGUUCUUUAUGGCUUCUCUCUUUCCCCAUCAAUCUGUUCUCCGUAUUGCAGUCAGAAUGUUCUUAUUAAACCACAUGUGAGGCCACAUUACUCAGAUUCUUCCAGUAGCUUCUCCUGUACCUCAGAGUAGAAGCCAAGUCCUGUCAAUGACCUAAAAAGCCCCAAUCCUUCCGUGUUAGCCACACUGUCUUCCCUGAACAAAUCAGGACUGCUGCCAUUUCUGAGGCUCUGUACUUGCUGUUUCCCCGGUUCAAAAGACUUUCCCCAGAUACCCAAAUGGCUUGCACCCUUUCCUUCAGGUUCGUACUCACUUGUCACCUCAGCGAGGACUCUGCUGACAAGAUUCCAUUUAGAAUUGUACCCUCACAUGUACAUUCGCUCUCCUCUUCCCCGCUUACCGCCGUUUCAUACACUACUGACAUCGCUUUAUGGCCUGUUGCCCCUCAGUGGGCUGGGGGUGGGCGUUUAUUGGUUUUAUUCAUUAUUGAAUCCUCAGUGAUGAAAACAGUGCCUGACACAUAGCAGGAGCUCAGUAAAAUUUUCUAGAAUGCAUAAAUGAAUCUCAUUUUACGGCUUUAAAUGCAUCCUAUAUGCUGAUGAUUCCCAAAUUCUUCUUCAGCUCUGGCCUCACCCCGGGAAUACAUAAGGCUAAGCAUAGUAACUUCUGCUAAUAAAACAUCUGUUCUACAACUUCUGGGGUCAUUCAGGGCCUGUUAAAAACCAAAACCAAACCUGUUGCCAUCGAGUUGAUUCUGCCUCAUAGUGACCCUAACAGGACAAAGGAGAACUGCCCCAUAGGGUUUCCAAGGAGCGCCGGGUGGAUUCGAACUGCUGACCUUUUGUUUAGCAGCCGUGGCUCUUAACCACCACACCACCAGGGUUUCCCAGGGCCUGUUAGCUACGUACAAAUGAAGCAGCAUUUUGGAAUUAUAUUAUGCAAAAAAAAAAAAAAAGCCCAAA